AUGACAGAAUCUCCUCCCAAGUCCGGUAAGAAGGUGGCUCCCGCCCCUUUCCCUCAGGGAAAGGCUGGCUCCAAGAAGGGUCCUAAGAACCCUCUCAUCGAGCGCAAGCCCCGCAACUUUGGCAUCGGUCAGGAUAUCCAGCCUCGCCGUAACCUGGCCCGCAUGGUCAAGUGGCCCGAGUAUGUUCGUCUUCAGCGCCAGAAGAAGAUCUUGAACAUGCGCCUCAAGGCCUUCAAGCUCCUCAACAAGUACCGCCCCGAGACCAAGGCCGAGAAGAAGGAGCGUCUCGUCAAGGAGGCCACCGCCAUCAAGGAGGGCAAGAAGAAAGAGGAUGUCUCCAAGAAGCCCUACACUGUCAAGUAUGGCCUGAACCACGUUGUUGGCCUGAUUGAGAACAAGAAGGCUUCCCUCGUCCUGAUCCCCAACGACGUCGACCCCAUUGAGCUGGUUAUCUUCCUCCCGGCCCUCUGCCGCAAGAUGGGUGUCCCCUUCGCCAUCAUCAAGGGCAAGGCUCGCCUCGGCACAGUCGUCCACAAGAAGACCGCUGCUGUCCUCGCCAUCACCGAGGUUCGCUCUGAGGACAAGAAUGAGCUCUCCAAGCUCAUCUCCGCCAUUAAGGACGGCUACCUAGAGAAGACUGAGAGCGCGAGAAAGCAGUGGGGCGGUGGUAUCAUGGGCGCCAAGGCCCAGAAGCGCACCGAGAAGAAGCAGAAGGCUCUCGACAACGCCAUCAAGGUCUAA